GCAUGAGGUGCAGUCCUGGACAGCAGCUACCAGGCGAUCCUUCUGUCUCAUGUGGCAAAAAGUAAAAGUACAGCUAGGCAUGUCUUUCCUUGUCACCGUUUUUUGGUACUGCAGAAGACUAUACAACUAUUUAGCACGACUAUUGAAAUGGUGGACCAGCUAUCUUCAGAGAAGAUUCCUAAAGAAUGUCAGUGUGUCACCAGAAGUCGAUCUCCUUGGUUAUUGCAGAAGAGAGUGGAAAGGAGACGACACAAAGCAGGCCAAACACAUACGGGAGGCAUAUGAAGACUUGUUUUGGACAUAUCACAUCAAAUAUCUACGACAAGUCAGGAGGGACAACUACUCUGUACUAAGAGCAGUGCUUUUUCAGAUAUUCAGUCAAGGCAUUUCUUUUCCAUCAUGGAUGAAGGAGAGGGAUAUAUUAAAGCUCCCUGAAAAACUUUUGUAUUCUCAAGGUUGCAACUGGAUUCAGCAGUACAGUUUUGGGCCAGAAAGAUACACGGGUCCCAAUGCCUUUGGGAAAUUACGCAAAUGCAUGGAAGCAUUAAAGACAAGUUGGACUGAAGCAAGCAGUAUUAAAGAUCAUGAAGAAAGAGGAAACAUGUGUAACAUGCUUUUUUCUGAUGAGAUCAAGGAGCACAAACUAUAUGAGGCUAUAAAAUUUGUCAUGCUCUAUGAGGUUGUCGAAGCCUAUGAGCAGAUGAAGAACAGGCAGGAACAUCUACCAAACCUUUUCAGCCUCCUCCUUGCUCGUGAUUCUUCUUCUGACCCUUUGAGCUUCAUGAUGAAUCAUCUGAAUGCUGUAGGUGACUCUGGUCGCCUAGAACAGGUUGAAAUGCUUCUUCUUGGAUACUUACUGGAAGUAAAGAUAAAAAUUUACAGACUGCAUAAGUUUAAUACUGAGAAUUUCCAAGUAACCUAUCCGGAUGAAUAUAAAAGAGAAUGGCAGGAGAUCUCUCUUCUGACCGAGGAUGACCGUUUCUAUCACAUCCCUAUUACCAGAACAUGAGGGACCAAUGAUCUUUAUUUUCCUUUGUAUAAUAUAGUGAGUGACUGUGAAUUAGGUUUUUUAAUUGGCAGCAGUAAGAUUUUGGCAGAUGCAUAUUAAUGAUUACAAAAUGAUUUAUGGGUUUAUUGUGUAAACGUUUUGCUUUCUCGUUACAGUUCAAUUCAACAACAGUCAGCCAUAAAAAACUAUAAAAUAUAUUACCAUGCUCUCUGGGUAA